AUGCUCAACACGUACCCUCUCCUUGAGCGUGUCGCUGCACGCGCUCGCGCAGCUCCUGACGCCACGGCAAUCACCGACGCUAUUAACGGCAUUGAUGCGAGCUACGCGCGACUGGCGGCCGACGUCCUGCGCUUGGCCCAGCGCCUGGCCGCCGCGGACGCGCGCACCGAGGGACUGCGGGAGGCGCGCGUAGCCUUGCUUGUAGACAAGGGAUAUCUAGCUGCGCUAGGCCUCCUGGCCAUCUGGGCCGCUGGCGGGCUCGUCGUGCCGGUCCUUUCCUCUCUGCCACUGCCUGAACAGGCGUACCUCGUCAACACGGCCGACUGCGCGCUUAUUCUGGUAGAUAAGAAUAACCGCACACGGGCAGAGCAGCUCGUCGCGCAGAAGGAUGAGGGGGAGAGUCUCAAGAUCAUGGAGGUUGAGGUUGCGGAUUUGGUGGAGGAGGUGGGGGACGCCGCGGAUGUUCUCCAAGCUCUCGCGCCGAUCGAUGGCGAAGCCCGGGCCAUGAUGCUGUUCACCUCGGGGACUACGGGGAGGCCCAAGGGUGCAGUGACGCGCCAUUCAUCUCUCGCGGCGCAAGUAAGCAGUACGGUGCAGGCAUGGAGGUGGACUGAGAGUGACAACCUCCUCCACAUCCUCCCGCUGAACCACCUUCACGGCAUUGCAGUUGGGCUCUUGCCUACUCUCUGGGCGGGCGCAAGCGUAGAGUUGUGGGAUAAGUUUGACGCAGACAAGGUGUGGGCUCGCUGGAUCAACGGCGCUGAAAAAGCCCCGAUUACCAUGUUUUUCUUCGUCCCUACCGGCUACUCGCGCCUGAUUGCGGCACACAGGGCGAUGACGCCUGAACAGCAGGCCGAGGCCUCCGCCGCGUCUGCAAAGCUCCGCCUUCAGGUCUCCGGGUCAGCACCGCUGCCUGUCAGCGUUAAGAGUGCAUGGGAGAACGGCAUUGGCGGUGGGCAGGUCAUCCUUGAACGGUACGGGAUGACUGAGACGGGAUUGAUUGCGGGUACGGGAUGGGAGAACGAGAAGCGGGUCAAGGGCUGUGUCGGCUUCGCGUUUCCUGGCAUGGAGAUCCGUCUGUGGGACCCGGUCGAGAACGUUGUCAUUACGGGCCGCGACGUGCCAGGCGACAUCGAGGUGCGCGGCCCGCAAGUGACCAAGGAGUACUGGCGCAACCCGGAAGCGACGACCAAAGAGUUCCGUGACGGCUGGUUCCGCACCGGAGACGUGGGUAUCUACUCGGGGGCAACCGGGGAGGAAGGGAUGCUCAAGAUUCUGGGUCGCGCGAGCGUGGACAUUAUCAAGAGUGGGGGCGAGAAACUGAGCGCGGUCGAGAUUGAGCGCGCGAUCCUCGAGCUGCCAGGGAUGAAGGACGUAGCAGUCGUCGGCAUCCCGGACGAGGAGUGGGGCCAGAUUGUGGGUGCGGUCAUUGUGACGGAAGGCGAGCAGGUCGAGCUCAAGACGUUGCGAGACCAACUCCGGUCCGAGUUGGCAGCAUACAAGCUCCCGCGGAGGCUCAAGGUUUUGGAUGCUAUCCCGCGCAAUGGCAUGGGCAAGGUGCAAAAGAAGCUGAUUGUUGAGCGCGAGUUUUCUUAG